CUGCAACAGCAGCAGCAACAACAACAACAACAACAACAAACACGAAUACAACAACAAGAACAACAAAUUUAACAUUACACAGCAGUAGCAAUGCGUCGGCAGCAGUUACAACAACAGCAGCAACUGCUGCAGCUGCAGCACUAAGUACAACAAGUGCAACGAUGAACAUUACAGCAGCAGACGAAGCUGUAACGGUAACACAAACAACAGCUUUACCUGUAACAGCAGCAACAGCAGCAACAACAACAACUACAACUACACUAACUGCAACAGCAGCAGCAAGAACAACAACUUUUGCAACAAACAUAGUAGCCGUACCCGUGGCAACAACAACAGCAAGAACAACUGAUACAAGUGAAUACAGAAAUGCCACCGCCAACACAUAUUCUCGACUGCAACAGCAGCAACAGCAACGAUUCCGACAACAACAGACACAACAAUGGCCGCAACAACGGCAGCAGCAACCCCAUCGACAACAAUUGCCACAGCAACAGCAGCAGCAGCGUCGACAGCAAUACUUGCCGCAGCAACAAGAUCAAUUGCCACAGCAGUAUCAGUCGCGUCGACAGCAAUACCCUCCGCAGCAACACCAGCAAUUUCCACAGCAACAGCGACGCCAGCUAAAUGUGUCGCGGCAACAACAGCAAUUGCCGCAACGACAGCGACAGUCACAGUUGCAUCCAGAUCAAACUCCACCAGAUGUGCUGCUCGAGCGUUUGCAACAACUGUUUGUUCCGCAGGAUCAAUUGCCGCAACGGCAACAACAACAAUUGCCACAGGAGCAAGAUGACUUGUGUGCUGCACAGGAGCAAACGCCGCAACAACAGCAGCAACAAUUGCCACAACAGCUGCAGCAGCAAGAAUUGUUUGUUCCACAGGAAGAAUUGUCGCAACAAGAAGAAUUAUUUAUACCACUGGAACAAUUGCCGCAACAACAGCAGCAAGAAUUGUUUGUUCCAGAGCAACAAUUGUUUGUCACACAGCAACAAUUGCCGCACCAGCAACAAUUGUUCGUUGCGCAACAGCAACUGCUACAGCAAAGCGGAUGGCAAGUGGUAAGCCAGGAAAUGCUGGCACAGCAACAAUUGCUGCAACAGCAGCUGCUGCUGCAGCAGGACUUGGAACAGUUGCCACAACAGCUAGACCAAAUGCUGCAACUGCAACAACCGAUGCAAAUGCAGCAGCAGCAGCAGCAGCAACCUGACCACCAAUUCCCUCAACAACAACAACAACCAACACCACCAGUACUAGAGGAACAGCCUCCAGCACAGCUUCCACCUCAACCGCCACCGCAACCCCUCCAGCUGCUUCCAGUACCCGCCUGCGCUUUGCGGCCCGUUUACGCAGUGGAUAACAAUGGCUAUUUGGUUCCCACACCCUACGCCCUGGUUCCCGCCCAGUUUGUGCCCCAAGCGGGGGCAACAACAACAACGACGACUACAACCACAACAACAACCACUGCAAUGCAUGGCGUCAACUGCGGCUACUAUAAUUACGCGAACGCAAGCAUUGUGAAUAGCUUUGUUAACUAUGAUCACGAUGCGAGUCAGAUGUGCGCAAUGGGCAUGGUCUAUGUCGAAUACAAAUGUGCCUCACCCGGCGAGGUGGCGGUAACAGCUGCCGCCGCAGCUGCAGCUGCUGCAGCCUUAGCACAGACGCAGGCGGCAGCUUAUGCGAUCGCGCAGGCGCAUGCACAGGCGCAUGCGCGGGCCCAGGCAGUGGCACGGGCGAGGGUGCAAGCGGAAGCGGAGGCGGAAGAGGAGUCGCAAGCCGAAACUGAUGAAGAAGAGCGAACAGAAGCAGAAGAGGAAGAGGAACCGGAAGCGGAUGACGGGGCAGAAGCCGAAGACGAGGUAGAAGCUGGAAGUGAGGCAAAAUCAGAAUCAGAGGCAGAGUCAAGAGCAGAGGCCGAAUCAAAAACAGAGGCAGAGUCAAGAGCAGAGGAUGAGAUAGAAGGAGUGCAAAUGGAUACGGAAGCGGAAAAUGCUGUCUCAGAAGUCGAAGAUGGGACAACAACAGAGGAGACGUUGCAAUAAAAUAGCGCCACACGUGAAGGCGAUGGCACUACUUGGAACAGAUAUACGUGCAAAUAUGUAGAAUU